AUGGAUGCACUUGGGAGACGUCUCGGAAGGAUUGCUAACCUCACAAGAACUCGAACUUUUCUAGUUUAUUGACGUCAUCAGCGUGCUCAAUGGGAAUAGGAAGCACGCUUGCGCUAUUGAUUUUGAUUAGGCGAUUAUUCUAACUAUGUUAUAACGGUAGUUAACCUGGUGAUGUGAUGACGUCAUCAGUUAAACAACUGUAAAUGCACGAGCUCAGUAUGUUCAAAACAUGUUCUGAGCAAAGGUGAGGGCUGUUCGAAUCGUUGUUCAUCAAAAAAUGAAAAUGGCUAAAUUUUAUCUCCAUUUUUUGUAGAAUCCAAGAUGUCUAUCAUAGUUCGAUUGUCUUUUCUUUUAUAGAUCAUAGAACGAACGUGAAAAAAUGUGCAAAACCGUGCACAUACCGUAGGCAAGUGUUUUUACUCCACUUGAUAUCGCGGCUUAUCAAACCGGGCUAAUAUUGACAUUUUACAGACUUCCUUGUAUAACAACGUAACUGCCCAGAGUGGAAACAAGCUAAAUGGUGUGUUUGCUGUUUGAUUUUGAUUCCUCUUUGCUGACUGGAAAUAGCUGAAUGUAAUUUAGAGAACAAAAUGGAAAUCAAUGUUUGGCUUGAUGUUCUUUCUUCCUAAUUUACGUACUGAAGGACAUAUCGUACAGGAAAAUUAGUGGCAAACGUUUUCCGGAUAUUUGUAUCGUCAUGUCCGAGUCAUCCCUCAAGCUUCUUUGAUUAAUGACAACUGAAACUGACUCUGAAACAUCCUGAGCAAGUGUCAUUGAUUCCGCAACACAAUUCAGUAUUGUCUGUCAAUGGUCGGUCAUAACUUAAACACUAUUUCUUCCCAUAUAAAAUACCACACUGUCAGUCCGUGUCCCGAUGCGAUGCUGUGAGGACUGUUGAAGAUAAAUAACAAGGUUUCAAAAGGCAAACAAAGGUAGGCAAGACAAACGUUCCAUUCACUUAUAUAUUAGCAAAACUUCCAUUGCCUUAAAGAAAAUUUAAAUUCACUCUGGGUUUAAUUAGAAAUUGCUGAUUGUAAAUAGUUUAUUUUCUGUUAGAUUAGUUAAAGUUACACUGGUAAGUCAACAGGGAGCUUAAGCGGGACGACAACGACCGCAACGACGACCUCAAAAAAACAAUAGCACGACUACGACGUGAAACCUCCUAACUUGCCGUUUUACGGAGGACGUGGACAUACGACGACGAAUUCUCCUUCCUCUUUUUGAACCUGAAUAAAAUCCUUAAGAAUUCAACUCCAGGAAAAGUCGCCUGCAUUUGACAUAUCGAGCGGGUCCAAAUAGACGCGAUUAAGUUUGAAAGAACGCAAAUUUAUUUUUUCACAGACGUUUUCACUGUUGUCGUCGUUGUCCUCGCUUAAUGUUCCUAAAUGUACAUUGAAAACCCACUUUGUGAGUAGUUGAAUGCGGUGGUAUUUUACUAAGGCUGGGUUUACCGUUCACACUACACUGAAUAGCUUUUGCAACGCCACGAAAAUAAAACUGGAUAGGUCGAGGAUAGGGCUUUUGUUCACAGACAAGGAAGGUGACUUUGGUGCGAUUUUUGUGACUGAGCGAAACUGCGCUACGCCAAUUUCUAAAGUAAAGAGUCGCAUAGAUGUUCAUACCGUAAUUCCGUGCAAAAGUGUCUGUCCAAUCACUACACAAUUCUGCAGCGUUGUUCGUAAAUCAUUGAGCACGGUGACACGGGGGUUACUCCAGAGGGGUGUCAGUGACUCUCACAACCAAAUAAGUGCGAUGUUAAUAUAUUUUAUUUCUGAGUGACUUACUCUUUCACUUCACAAUUCUUCAACUUCCUUAGCAAUGUCUUUCCUCAAAUUAACCCUCUUCUUGGUAGUUCUCUUUCUUCCUCUUUUUCUAUAACUGCUUACUCCUUCUUCUAAAAGCUUACUUUUCAACUGCUCUCUAUUUAUUUGUUUGGUUGUCCAUAAUAUGUUCAUGUUAAUAACAAUGCGUAGGAUACAUUUACGUUCUAAUUAGCAUACGAUUAAUUCGUAACCUAAAAUUUCUUUAAAAAGCUUUUCUUCAGUUCUGGAGCAGGAUAACUACUAAGGAAAACUAACUAAGUAAAGUUUAGUAAAAGAAAGUGUCCAUUAAAAGAUAAGUAUUUUCCGAGGGACAUCAAGUCAGGAGACAUGAUGUCCCACUCUCAAAAACCUUAUUUACUCACGAACACAGGAAAUGAUAAAGUCUUAACUUAGUUACAGUCCUAAAGUCAUGGAAUGCAGAAAGAGUGAUUAAGAGGUACAUGGGGGUGUAGAUGGGAGUUUUCUUUGGCUAGUAACCAACUAAAGAAUGACGCACAUGUUCUGAUUCCGUGCGUGAUGCAGGGAAGCACACUUUUUAAUAUUUAUUCUUCUAAAUAAAGAGUUCAUUAGCAAAUGUGUUUUAUAUCUUAUUUCAAACUUAUUAAUGAACAGCUAAAUUUUUCCAGGACCUACAAAGCUUCCUACAACGAUAUAUGUCAAUAUUCAUUUCAACUUGAUCAGAUAAAAUUUAAUUGUCAGCAAUCAAUCAAGAUCAUUUUUCAUACUUCACCUUUUUAUAUUUUAAAUGUUGUUCAUUAGUAUUAUGUAAAGGAUACAUUUGGCUAAAUCGAGUUAAAUUCAGGUUUCGCUUUAAAAAUCAUUGGAAAGAUAUAUAUGACUUCCAUUUGCUUAUAAUAUUUUUCAGGGAGAUUGGUCCCGUGACAACGGUUUCAGCGUUUUCCCAGUUCUUUCAGUGUUCUUUCCAUCGAGCACUGUUGUUUGGAGGUUUUAUAACUGACCUCCUUGUGAAUAGCAAGGUUUCAGAAGGCAAUAAGAAGUGGGGCGACAUAAUAUUUGUCUCAGUGCAGACAGGGAUGCUAGAAGUAAGGUUUACAUAGAAUUUGAUAAUCAGUGGAACUUUUUUUAAUAGCUAAUUUUCAUGUCAUUUAUACAUGGUUUAAUGAUCUUUAAUCUGAAGGGAGGCUCUUGAUAAAGUAAGGACCGCCGUAUUUAAAUUACAAUACCGUAGAAAGCCGGAUUUUGUGAAAUAUAUCUGUGGUUUGAUAUGGGACGAAUUCUACAAAGAUAUUGUUUCAUCUUUUCAAAUGACUUUGGAUUACAUAUUUAACAUUUAAAGUAUAUGUUCAACAAACGCGACUAAUAUUGCUGCUUUUACUUCCGUCUUAAAAUUGCCUAGAAGUUGAAGCUUACUUCCAGCCUGGUUAUAAUUUCGUUAAAUUCAUGACUAGAAACAGGGAGUGGCCUGGUUAGUCAAUUGCAAGUGGUUUAAUAUUUCUUGUUUCUUAAGCCAAAGGAUGAAUGCCGCGAGUGUAGUCUUAAUGUUCUUUGUCGUUCACAAGACACUGAAUUUAGUAUUGCUUACAGUUUUCCCAUUAUUUUAUUCUUGUGUCAUUUUUGACUUCAUGACUGGUUAACUUAAAACCAGGUUUUGUUAUCAGCUCUCAGAGCACUUGAGAAUUAAUGUCAGCUCAUGUCGUAUGCGUGAUCUGUAGAUACAGAAAUUGAUCGGCAACAAUUAGGACUACAACCCUGGUCAAAACAUCUUGAGACAUGAGGAAAUUAGGUGCUAAUUCGCACGCUUCUAAUUAAACUGGUAUUUUCCAUCUUACACAUGAUCGGAAAUGUUGUUGUAAGAGCCUAUUUCUGUCGUCUCCUCCCCCCUCCCCUCUUCCCUCAGCAAUGUUGAUUGUGUUCAAAAAGACUUAAAUGUAUGACGUCAACACUGCACCGAGGGGGAGAAGAGGGAAAGUGCGUCAUUUUGACCAACUUUUGCGUUCGUGGCCCCAGCGUUUUUAUCAGGGUUUUAGAUGUAAAGUAGUUAACAUACUUGGGCUUUUAUUUGCUAAUUUAUGUAAUUUACAUUAAAAGAUAUUGGUGAAUCGAGCCGACAAGUUGUCAUGUCAAAAGAGGAAAUAGUUAGCAUCAACCUGCUGGAGGCGGCCAUCGCCCAAAGAAAGUUCUUAAAGCUUGUAGAUGAACAUCCAUGCCUGUAUGUUGGCCCACAUGUUCAAAACGCAGUCAGAAGGUAUGACUGGAGUGUACUUUUUGAACCUUAUUAAAACCGCCUGGUGAAGCCAGGGACAUGGGAGAAUAUUUUUAUUCUCCUUUUCAUCUUGUCCAGCCUUAAAAACUCUCUAAAUAUAUUUUGAAGGCUGCCAUUUGAAAAAAGGGUGGUGAAAUUGUAAUAACGACCAAAAUAUGAGAGGAGGCACGGUUUUACAGGGCGACUUUCGUUACCCCGGGUACAGGCGCUCCCCUCCUCUCAGAAAAAAAAACGGGUCUCUCUCCCCGGGGGCAGGCUACAGAGGCUAGGAAUUUGAUAAAUAUUAAAGACCAAAUUCAGGGGUACCCAACGAGAAUAUAGUUCAAAGCACUUAAACAUAGCAUUGUUGAACGUAUUUUAGUAUUUAAACCGUAGAUAUAGGCAUAUUUUUAUCCCCUAGUCUAGUGAUGUGAAAAUUAUAGGGAUCAAAACUUACCUUUUCAAAAAUUUCAGCCAGAAAACUGAAGGCUCCCGAAAAUUCUGGGUGACCUUUUCAGUGUAAAAAUCCGUUCAAAAUGGGCAAUAAUACCAUUUUUCAGAAGUUCGAAAAUCCUAGGAGAGGCAGGCAAGCAAGACAUUUACAACAAAUGUUCCGAAAAAUCUGGAUCUUAAAUCGUCUUCCGAACAGAUAUUUUCCAAGCAUUGUCGUUGGGUGCCCCUGCAAAUUCAUAUUUGGGACUAGAGAGGAGAGACUCCAUCUUCCUACGUAAUUUCUGGCUGCAAGCUAUGGCAAAGAACCUAAACAUAGACGAAGCAAAAAUAAUUCUUAGUAAGUGCACGUGACUUGCAAACAAAGCGAAAGGCAAGGAUAUGAUUGCAGACUACAUUGCACUGGUAUGGAUGGGGCUUCAUGGGUCGUAAGGACUGCAUCUUGGAUCAGCCAUCUGAAAUAAAUUUUUUUAAAAGUGGGAUUAACUGAAUGCAUACAUGUUAAAUCAACUAUAUUUAAAUUCAGGGCACCACCCCUUCUCUUAUCACCUGCCUUGACAGGGUUAUUAUUAAUUUUUUUUUUCAAGUAGUUUUUUACAUUGGAUGUUUCUAUUUUGGGUUUAGAUAUGAAGUCUUCUGGCUUCCACUAAUCGCUGAGUUCCCAGAUGCAACAGUUGCUGCUCCUCUUGACAUUGCUUGGGUUUGGCACGUGCAUAUGCUUUCACCUCUCGCUUAUGAAAGGGAUUCCAACGAGAUUGUCUCAACAUUGGUGGACCAUAAAAUCCUUGUAGGAGAAGAGCGUGAAGCUGGACUUCAAAAGGCGAAGCUCCUAUGGUACCAACUGUACGGCAAUGAGCCCUUUGAAGUUGACCUGUCAGCCCCUGCCAGUAUCGUACCUCACGUGUCAAGAAUCCAAUAUGAUAUCGUGGCUGGAUGCAGUCGCCAGAGAGUCUUUUACUAUCAGGUUUCCUUACCUCAUUAUGGGGACAGGAAGUUUCUUAAAGAAGCUGUUGAAAGAUACAAACAGCAUCUGCGGUUCGCUCAAAGUCAUCCAGGUACGUUCCUGGUCCCGUGUUUUGACUCCGAUCUCAUAUGGCAUGCGCACCAAGCUCAUCCGCUGGCUUACAGAACUGACAGUAUGAAGUUCCUGGGGAAAGUUCUUGGUCACGAUGAUUCUGUUAACGAUCGCCAGCCAGGCUCGAAACGUUCCACAUCCGCACAAACAACAAAGCAGCUGUGGUCAGCUGCUAACAUGGAAUAUGAAAGAAAUGGAAGCUUGUAUCGAGGUGAACCUCCAUUAACCAUUGAAGAACGUGGUAAGCACGUCGAUUACUCUUCGAUGUUGAUAAAUGAGUACUCAAUAGAUGUUCUGGAGAUAGAGAUUGGAAUUUCUGAAUCCAAUUGGUAUGAACUGAGAGUUGAUGUAAGCAAAAAAGACAGUGGAAACGUCUUCAUCGUGAAGAAAUUUAAAGGACCUGCUGCCCAUAUUUUUCAUCCUCCUCCUGAUCGUCCUUCAACGUUCGUAUGCCGAAAAGAAACCAACAAUUUCUUUCAGGUAUGAUGGCAUUCUAAACUUCUAGAGGUCUUAGUCGAUCCACAAAUCAAUCAAUCAGUCAAUCAGUCAUGGUUUAUUUUUUAUAUUUUCCCUCAAAGUUUCUUUACAGGAGAUAUAUUACUCCAUAAAACAUGAAUAGGAAUAUAUGAAAUGACUCACGUAGACGGUGAAUGAACGAGUGACCAAAGCAAAUCGAGCCCUGACCCAUGCGAUUGACUGGAUGCUAAGUUCUGUCCUAUCCAUUAAGCUGAUCAAGCAAACGAGAGACCUAAUCUAUUUGUCUAAUCACAAACUUAUGAUUGAAAUAGGUCGAUAUCAGGUCGAUCAUGUGCCCAUGUGGAAUCCGGAAUCUUGGAAAUUGUUGCCUGUGGAAUCCGGAACACGGCUGUGGGAAUCAAAAAUCCCACUAAAAAUUAGAAUCAGGAAUCCUGGGCCUUGGAAUCCGGAAUACACGUGUGGGAAUCAAGAAUCCCACUAAAAAUUGGAAUCCAGAAUCCUGGGCCUUGGAAUCUGGAAUACACCAGUAGGAAUCCAGAAUCCCACUAACAACUGUAAUCCGGAAUCCAAGUUCCACUGAAAAAGAUCUGGAAUCCAGCAAUUGGAUUCCGGAAUCCACGGCGGGAAAUCCAGAAUCUGAGACUGUCUUCGAUUCCCUUAUAUAGGGCGAAUUGUGUGAAUCAAACCAAGUUGAAAAUGAGACCCAUUUCCUGUUUCAGUGUUAGAAAUACUCUGCACAGUGGCAGAGUAGCCUAAGUAGCUGCUACUAUGUUAUGGUGCCAUUCUUGAUUGGUUUCUGGUUAAUGUAACUUGUCUUUGAAAAGAAUCCUGUUAAAUAACUCAGAAAUGUGUACUUGUUUACGGCACAGGUUGAAAUGUACCGGAAACGUCGACUUGGGUGCUGUUUUGUGGGAAUGGCUGAGGAAUCAGACCAACGUUGCCUUUUGAAAUUGGAGCCGUUCAUACAGAGACGUCUUGAGGCUCCACAGGUCAUAACACAGAGGGAGUAUUUCUCAAGUGAAAACUAUGUUAAAAUUACUGCUGUUGUCCAUCCGCCUUCGCCUAGAGAGUAUCGGUUUAGAAUCAAACCGGAGGAAGGUCUAAGGGAAAUGAGUGACGCUGCAGCCAUUUUAAGCACUCCAAUGUUAUCUGUCUUCAAGACCUUAUCUUUUACGCCAUCGGUAGAAUGCCAGCUGCAGAAGGUAUUUGACUUCCAUGAUCGCCUGGCUUUUUCGUGUCGAGUAAUGCACAAGGGGGGAAUGGGACGAGGAAAUCACCCAGUGUCUGUAGUAGUCAUCAACAAUGCUGGAGAUAUUGUAAGUACAGCACAUCUUCUCGAAAGGAGUACUCUUCCAAGCUGGAAGCAAGUCAUGAAUGACCGGAAAGGAUGUUGUACCCUAGAGGAUAACGAAAGAGCUAUGUUGAUUCGAGGACGUAAAGAUUGGGGGAUCUGUAUCGGUAGGUGGAAAAAUCAAUGUGCCAUAAAAUUCUUUUCUCUUAUUGAGAAACAAGAAUGGAAAUCUGUUGUAUCUAACCCCGAAGAAUUUUCGAUAGAGCUCAGCAAUAAAAUGCCCUUUCGUGUGGACCUUAGGAAUGGUAUCAUUGUUAUUCCUCCAGAUGUUUCUUACAUACCAGAAACAAUUGCACUUGGGUUUGCUAUUGCAAUCCUCUUUGUCCUUUGUCAGCCAAUUUUAAACGAAACACUUUAUUAUGACCCAAGUUGUCGUUGUAGCAAUUACCCUACAAAGAUAAAAAUUCCGGGAAACUUGAGGUUCGCAGUGGCAGUCGGUUACGACGCCGACAAGUUUAAGAAUCACAUUAUAAGAACCACUUGUGCAAGAUGUUUGGAAUCGCAUAGGAGGAAAAUGGAAAGGGAAUGGGAGAGGAAAAGGGAAAUGGAAAGGAAAAGGGAAAGGGAAAGGAAAACUUAUUCUAGAACAAUAGUUUCUACUUCAGUAUUUAUUGGUGGCGGUGGCUGUGGUGGCGGUGGCUGUGAUGGCGGUGGAUGUGGUGGCGGUGGCUGUGAUGGCGGUGGAUGUGAUGGCGGUGGAUGUGGUGGCGGUGGAUGUGGUGGUUGCUAAAAUGAUCACGGAAAUGCUCAAAAUAGUGGGUAACGAUGAUGAUAACACUGCUGGUGUUGUAUUGCGAUGAUCAUGAUUGAUGAUCGAUGGUGAUGACGAUGAGGAUAAUGCAGCCUAAAUGAGAUCAACCAACUAAAGAAGGCUAGCAACUGAAGGUGAUAAAAUGAACAAACAGGAACAUUGAUGAAACCUUUACAAAGCUACUCUUGCAUGGAAAUUAAUGUCGUUAAAGUCCGUUUUAAUAUGAGGUAUUCCUCGAGAACAUUAAGUAAUAAGAAGUUUAUUAACCACAGCUUGCAACUUUUGAACACAAAUUGCUUGUUCUUUCCAGGUUAUGAGUGGACACAUUUUAUGAUUAGGCAAAAAAUAUUUGAAAUUCCGCCAUUUUUUCAAACCCGGCCAGGGGAUCUGGGCAAAAACGUUCACGCAUGUUCAUUACGUUUUUCCGCCCUGAAGGCUUGCGCCGCAUUUCUGCGUUUACUAAUUAACAGAAACUGGAAACUGCUUAAUAAUAAAAAUUAUUAAUAAAGUUCUCUUUACAGAUGGCCUAUGUCACGUAAUGUGGUUUUCAAUAGGGCACUGCAUAAAAAGCUAAAAACUACAGUACUAAAAAUUACAAGAUAUUAAAAUAGGUGAACUAAAAAAGCGUCACACUAAGCUAACGUAUUGAGAUUUAAAAUCAUUACCAGAAAUCGGCGACAUUUAGCUUCCGCGAAGUAUUUGGCACGCGGUUUCAAAUUAUCAAGAUGGCGGCAUAAAGAAAGCAGUACGUAGAAAAAACAAGGACUGAAAUGACACACUAUCAAAGGAUUUGAAUCAAUUUAAUUUCUUUUUUGAGGUAGUCAAUACAAGGGAGAAUGAAAAAGGGGAAACUAGAGUCCGGGCUCCUGUUCGAAUGACGAUUUUAGAGAGAAGAAACAACUUCGUUUCAUGCGUGACCAGGCAGAUUAAAAAUAAUUUUCAAAAAUCAGGGCCCACAGUACACUUAGCCAGCGAUAUUCUGUAUAAUAACCAUAAUAAUAAUCAUAUAUGAAGCGCCUACCUGCAAAGACGGCGAUCAAAACAAACUGGCGAUAGAAACCCUACUUUUCACAAGGAAUAAUAAGCGCAAUGGUGCGUUUUGUACCGCUUAUAUCGCAGAAAUGGAUGUAUUUUUACUUCUUUUAUCGCAAAUUUUGCGGCCAUUUGGGGAAUGGAUCAAGGCUGAUUUUUAUCACGUUUUAAAGUUUGAACAUCGAUCGAUGAUUAGAGAGGUCGGCACCAAGGAUUCACAUCAACGAAAUGUUCUAAAAUGUGGAGAGAAGUUAGGCACCUCUAAGCUUUUUUGAAAGAAUUAGAGAGCUCAAGGAACUGUAAUAGCCGUUCGUAAAAUGUGUUGUUUGCGGCCCGUUGGCGAACUUUCGAGAGACCAAAACUACCGUAAAUAAUGAUAUGGUACGUACACUUUACAUUUAGAGGUCGGCAAAUGUCGUGUGUGCUACUUCAGAUCUGAAAUUUCCACUUCUUCAAUUUUCUCCAUACAUUUCUCUAUAACCAUCGGCGGCCAUUCUUAUAGAGCGGAAGGUCUGGGUCGAGUCUGGGCGUCCGCCAUUUUGUCUUAAAUUUCUGGUAAUGCUUUAAGUAAUGAAAUUUUAAAAGCAUUUUAAGGCAGACAUCUCAUGUCUUCAGGAAGGGAAUUCCAGUCUGUCAAUACACUAUUAAAGAUCUGAGUAGAGCCCAGUUCGUGUUUGAUCUAAUAAAUCUAAUAGUUUCCUUGGAGCGGGUGUUAUUAUAGCUAUGAUAAUCUGAGUCUCGAGUAAUCAUACUGUUUCUUUCACUGUCAUUAGUAAAAUUAUGCAUAAAGAACAUCGUUGCAUUAAUCUUCUGUUUAGAUUCAUUCAGUUCAGAUCUAAAAGUGCUUGAGUUGACGAAGAAUGCGUCGCUCGAUCCAGAACUAGCAUGGCUGCUUUAUUCUGAAGAACUUGGAUAGAAUCCAUUAAAACUAUGUUAUUUUUGUAAACCCAUACGAUACUUGCAUAUUCAAGAAUAGGAAUGACCAUUGUUGACACAUAGAUCCUUCUUGCAUAAACUGGGAGAAGAUGCUUGAUUCGUUUUAAGACACCUAGUCUCGUUGCUAUUUUACUUUGUAGUUGUUCAAUGUGGUCAUGCCAAGUAAGAUGCCGGUCUAU